CCUCCUCCUCCUCCUCCUCCUCCUCUUCCCCUGCACCUCCACUCCGAGGUGGUCAAUCAAGAGGCUUUAGUGAACACCCUGAAGGUCCCACCUGGUUGCCAGAAAAUCACUGAGAAAGAAAGACAGAUCGACUAGAGGUUCCAAAAAAACUGAGGUUCCAACAAACUCCCUCUGGUCUUUCUAAUUCAUUUGGUAACCAUGAUGACCACUCUUUUUUCCUCCUUACCUGGGCACAUGGUGAGCCCCAAAGUCCCCCUGCCAUCAUCGUUGCUGCUUCUGCUGCUGAUACAACUGUUUAGUCGGUGCCCGGCUGCUCCCUCAGGUCCUGAGUCAGACACCUGCUCCACUCUGGUCCAGAGCCGAUUCUUCGGCCACUUCCUGUCCUCCUCCAGUUUCCCCACGGCACCCUGCUCCUGGACCCUGCAGAAUCCCGACCCGCGCCGCUACACCAUCUUUAUCAAGGUCACCAAACCAACCUCCUCAACGGACUGCGUUCCCCGGCAGCUCCGCACCUUCCAGUUUGACUCGUUCCUGGAGACCACGCGCACCUACCUGGGCAUGGAGAGCUUCGACGAGGUGGUCAAGCUGUGUGACUCUUCAUUCCCUGUGGCCUUCCUAGAGGCUGGGAAACAGUUCCUUCAAAUGAGGAAAGGGCCGCCUCGGGUCGGCAUGGUGGUCACCAACCCCAAUGCUGGCGAAGAUGGGGAAUUUAAGACGGAGUACCUGGUGGUGGGGAAGCGUAACCCCAGCAUGGCAGCGUGUCAGAUGCUGUGCCAGUGGCUGGAGGAUUGCCUGGCAUCCAGCACAUCUAACAGGCCCUGUGGCAUCAUGCAGACCCCCUGCCAGUGCUGGGAGCCCCCUCCUCCUCCACAGCUCAGCGAGGGGGAUGGAUGCUACAGGAACGGGGUCUACCUGGAGAACUGCCUACACAGCGCCAAAGGGAAGAGUGAUGCUGACAGCAACGGUGGCUGGAGUGUGUGGGCGGAGUGGGCGGAGUGCAGCAGUGACUGUGGUGGUGGCGUUCAGACCCGGAGCCGUACCUGUCAAUCCCCCUCGGAGGAGUCAUACCUGUGUGAGGGAGUACUGGAGGAGGGAAGGCCCUGUAACCCUCAGCCCUGCAGUGGCAAAGGCCGUCAUCUCUCUCGCAGCCAAUCACUUCGCUCCGUGGACAGCCGCAAGCGCGAUGGCGGCGGUGGCGAGGUAGACAAGACGCGGGGCGGUGGCGGCGGACAGCAGGCCCCACAGACAGUGGACCAGGCUGCGUCAGGUGAGGAGUGGUCAUCGUGGAGUGUGUGUUCGGCCACGUGCGGUGAAGGCUGGCAGAGCCGCACACGUUUCUGUGUCUCCUCCUCCUACAGCACCCAGUGCAGCGGCCCGCUCCGAGAGCAGAGGCCCUGCAACAACUCUGCCGUCUGUCCAGCCGCUCUGAUUGCAGUGCACGGGGCUUGGGAUGAGUGGUCGCCAUGGAGCUUGUGUUCGUCAACCUGUGGCCGUGGUUACCGGGAUCGCACGCGCAGCUGCAAGCCCCCUCAGUUUGGGGGAGACCCCUGUAUGGGGCCGGAGAAACAGACUAAGUUCUGCAACAUCGCUGUCUGCCCAGUUGAUGGAGUUUGGAAUGAGUGGGCUAAUUGGGGUACUUGCUCUGCGUCCUGCUCCAACGGGACCAUGCAGCGGAUCAGGGAGUGUAACGGACCUUCGUACGGAGGAUCAGAGUGUCGCGGGGAGUGGAUAGAGACCAGAGACUGUUUCCUACGGGAGUGCCCAGUGGAGGGGAAGUGGCAUCCGUGGACGUCGUGGGUGGGCUGCACCAAGACAUGUGGCGGGGGGAGCCAACAGAGACAGAGGAUUUGCUAUGGGCCCUUCUUUGGGGGUGAAGAUUGUCCUGGGGAUCGUGAGGAGGUGCGACGCUGCAAUGAGAAGAGGUGUCCAGAGCCUCAUGAGAUCUGUGCAGAGGAGAACUUCUCCAACGUAGUGUGGAAGAUGACUCCAGCAGGAGACACAGCAGCUGUACGCUGCCCUCCUAAUGCCAAUGGGCUGAUCCUGAGGCGGUGCACCCUGGAUGAUGAGGGAAUAGCCUACUGGGAGAACCCCACUUAUAUGAAGUGUAUCUCCAAUGACUACCGCAGCAUCCAAACACUGACUCGGGAACACCUGUCCAAGGCCCAGCGGGGGCUUGUGGGGGAUGGAGUUUCAGAGGUGAUGACCAAGCUCAGGGUAACGUCCAGCGAUGGGACCAGCUACAGCGGAGACUUGCUGGCCAUAGUUGACGUGCUGAAGAACAUGACAGAGAUCUUCAGAAGGGCUUACAACAGCCCCAGCAAUGCAGACAUGAGAAACUUUGUUCAGUCAGUCAGUAACCUGCUGAUGGAGGAGAACAGAGAGAGAUGGGAAGAAGCACAACUGUUGGGUCCUAACAUAAAGGAGCUGUUCCGGUUGGUGGAAGACUUCGUGGACGUGUACGGUCUUAGGAUGAAAGACUUCCAGGACAUGGUUGAGGUCACCGACAACCUAGUUCUGUCCAUCCACAAGCGUCCGGUGGCGGGUAAUGCAGACAUCAGCUUCCCUAUGAAGGGCUGGAAGGGGAUGAUGGACUGGGCCCGCAACUCUGAGGACAGAGUUACUGUCUCCAAAAACAUCCUCUCCACAGGCAAGCCAGAUGCCGAUGACUUGUCAGCGUUUGUCACUGGGAUCGUUCUGUACAGAAACCUGGGCAGCAUCCUAUCUCUACAGAGAAACAGCACUGUGCUCAACUCCAAGGUGGUGUCUGUGACCAUCAAGCCCACCCCAGGAUCCCUCUCUACCCCAGUUGAGGUCCAGUUCUCACACCUUUACAACGGCACCACCAACCAGACCUGCAUCUCCUGGGAUGAGAGUGACAGCUCCUCGCUGCUCGGAUCGUGGUCUGCCAGGGGCUGCAGAGCCGUGCCUGUCGACUCAUUCAGAACCAAAUGCGUGUGUGACAGACUCUCUACCUUCGCCAUUUUAGCACGGCUAAAUCCUGACAUGAAUAUGGAUAAAAUGCAGCUUCCCUCUGUGACACUGAUGGUGGGCUGUGGAGUCUCCUCUCUCACCUUGCUGCUCCUCAUCAUCAUCUAUGUGUCGGUCUGGAGGUACAUUCGCUCCGAGCGCUCCGUCAUCCUCAUCAACUUCUGCCUCUCCAUCAUCUCCUCCAAUGCCCUCAUCCUCAUUGGUCAGACGCAGACAAGGAACAAGGUGAUCUGCACACUGGUCGCUGCUUUCCUGCAUUUCUUCUUCCUGUCGUCUUUCUGUUGGGUUCUGACGGAGGCGUGGCAGUCAUACAUGGCUGUGACUGGCCGGCUGAGGAACCGCAUCAUCCGCAAGCGAUUCCUGUGUCUGGGCUGGGGUCUACCUGCUCUGGUUGUGGCAAUCUCUGUGGGUUUCACCAAAGCAAAAGGAUAUGGCACCGUCAACUACUGCUGGCUGUCUCUGGAAGGUGGUCUGCUUUAUGCUUUUGUGGGACCGGCUGCUGCUGUAGUCUUGGUUAACAUGGUUAUCGGGAUUCUCGUAUUUAACAAACUGGUGUCCAAAGACGGCAUUACUGAUAUGAAACUGAAGGAGAGGGCAGGUCAGAUGACAGUACCACUGUACAAUAUGACGCUCAAAUGUGCCAAGUGCGGAGUUAUCUCGUCGGCUGACGUUUCUACCACAGCUACCAGUAACGCCAUGGCAUCGCUGUGGAGCUCCUGUGUGGUUCUGCCUCUCCUCGCCCUCACCUGGAUGUCUGCUGUCCUGGCCAUCACCGACCGACGCUCCUCCCUCUUCCAGAUCCUGUUCGCUGUGUUUGAUUCGCUGGAAGGCUUCGUCAUCGUCAUGGUGCAUUGCAUCCUGCGCAGAGAGGUUCAAGAAGCAGUGAAGUGUCGGGUAGUGGACCGCCAGGAGGAUGGGAAUGGAGACUCAGGGGGAUCUUUCCAGAACGGACACGCUCAGCUUAUGGUAACUGAUUUCGAGAAAGACGUCGACAUGGCUUGCAGAGGAGGUAAGAGUACCGGCAAAAAAAAGAGUACUCUGAAGCGCUCCUCUCUCCAGGGUGAUGAGAAGCCGUCCUCCCAGCCCCUGACCCUUCAGAAGGGCUCUAACUUCAACACCAUGCCUGCCAGCAUGGCCAAGGUCCACCUCCAGAAUGUGGCAGACUACCCCAGCCAUACCCUCACGCUGCGCAGGGAGAAGGGUGGCGCCACCAAGGGCAUCAGCACCGAGCUGCCGGGAGCAAAGUCCAUCUACAUCUGUGACGGGGAGCUCUUUAAACAGCUCGACGGGGAGCUGUCUCCACAGGGGACAGGGGAGGCCGGGGGGCCUGAGGGCACAGGAACAGGCCCGGGACAAGGGUACAUCAUCCUGCCUAACAACAACAACACUGGCACCCUGGGGCGGCCCGGAAAGGGCAGCAAGGAGGACACGACGGCCAAGUACAACAUCAGCAUGGAGCAGCAGAUGCCCCAGACCAGGCUCAUCCACCUGGCCAGCUCGGUGGGGGUGGAGGGCGUGCCGGGUUUUGCGCUGAAGAGCCUGCCAUCGGACCUGGUCAGUGUGUCCUGCUCGGAGAGGGAGUCGCCCAUCCACAACAUGCAGAACGUCUCCGGAGAAUCCCACAUGACUAACAGCAUGUGUGAACAGGGUGAUUCUGGGAACUCUGGUGUGAUGUCCAAGAGCGAGACCGUGUCCACGCUCUCCAUGAGCUCCCUGGAGAGACGAAAAUCCCGCUACGCGGAGCUCGACUUUGAGAAGAUCAUGCACACGCGGAAGCGUCACCAGGACAUGUUCCAGGACCUGAACAGGAAGAUCCACAGUGCAGACCAGGACAGGGCGUCUCCGCCUGGCGAUGGGAAGGCAGGGAAGAGGUGGAGUGUGUCCUCAACUGGCAGCGACAAGACCAUCAUGAGCGACAAGCAGCAGACACCCAGUAAGAGAGCCUGGGAGGGCAUCAGGAAGACCCACUCUCCCCCGUCGUGGAUGAGGAAGGACCUGGAGCCCUUGGCAGCCUCUCCCCUGGAGCUGCAGAACGUGGAGUGGGAGAAGGCCAGCGCCACCAUCCCUCUGGUGGGACAGGAGAUCAUGGACCUGCAGACAGAGGUGUGAGACUGAGACAGAGAGACAGACAGAGAGAGAGACAGAGAGCAGCCAACCUCGUCCCCCAGCCCAGCUCUCAGACAUACAGGCACCUUCCCUUCCCACAGCUCCACAUCUCAAUCUCACUCUGGGAACCAACGACCAACGACCAACGAGCAACGAAACGGGCAGGGGUGAGAGAGAGAGAGAGAGAGAGAGAGAGAGAGAGAGAGAGAGAGAGAGAGAGAGAGA